AUGCACAAGUAUCAACCUCGGUUACAUGUUGUCCGGUGUGCAGAGCUUAUUAAUUUACCGUAUUCAACCUUUCGUACAUUUGUUUUCAAGGAGACUGAAUUUAUUGCUGUUACUGCUUAUCAAAAUGAAAAGGUAACACAACUUAAAAUCGACAAUAAUCCGUUUGCCAAAGGGUUCCGUGAUGCCGGUGCUGGAAAACGUGAGAAGAAACGGUUAAUGAACAGAAUGGAAUGCAGUGUAACCACUACUGGCAUCUCGAAAUCGGUGAUUUCUCUGAAUGACGAUCCUGUAACAUCUGAAUCACCAACCGCACGAGCAGGAAGUUCGAUGGACUCAGAUCGCUCGGACGACGAUGAUUCGCCACCUCUUCCGAAACGAGCCCGGAGUAGUCAGAAUACUACCGAUGAGUCGUUUAAAAAUCAUCUACCCCAGAAUCACAACCUUCAACAACAUCUCCAACUUCUACACAAUCACCGAUUAUUAUCCAAGGAGGCUACCAAUUUUCAAUUAUUUCAUCCAGCUGGUGUCGGAGGUGGUGGUGGUGGCGGGGGCGGAGGCGGCGGUCUGCCACUACCACCACCUCCUUUUGCACCAUUUUUCCAGAAUUACGGGUUUCAUCCCGCUGCCGAGUUUUUCUUCCCCGCUUCUUCUUUUCCUCGAGAUUUCUUAAUGCACCAAGCAGCUGCUGCAGCUGCAGCAGCACAAUUUUCACCAUACUUGCUUCGGCCAUCUUUACCCGGUACACCACUUUCUGCUUCUCAGGCAAUUAAUCCACCUGCAGCUUCCCCUGCUUCCGUUGCUGUAUCAAAAUCGUUAUCAUCGAUUGCAAAUAUCGCUAUCCCGUCAACCGUUAACGGAGUGCCACGAUCUCCAGCUCCUACAACCGGAAAAUCGACAGUAGCUCCAAAAAAGGGAGGAUUCGAUGUAUCUGAUCUCCUUGCAUAA